AUGGCGCACGUUACCCCCAGUACCAUCUUUCCGAAGAUGUUUACUGUAAGUCCCUGGAACCAAGACCACACGCGUUUUGAGGGCGAAGUUUUCUCGCUCGAGAUUGAGGGAAAAUUACCUAGCGAUUUGCACGGGGCGUUUUUCCGUGUGCAGCCAGAUACUGUGUUUCCGCCGUUGUUCGAAGACGACAUCCCUCUGAACGGAGACGGGAACGUGUCGAGUUUUUAUUUCAAAGACGGCCACGUCGACUUCAAGCAGCGAUAUGUUCGCACGCCCAAGUUCCUGGCCGAGCGGUCUGCAAGGAAGGCUCUAUUCGGCCGAUAUCGCAACAAGUACACGGAUGACCCUCGCGUCCGUAACGUCUUGACCAGGACGACCGCGAACACACACGUCAUCUACCACGCCGGCAAGUUGAUGGCCAUCAAGGAAGACGCCCUGCCAUAUGAGAUCGACGCAACCACCCUCGAAACCAUCGGUCCCGUCGACUACAAUGGCACGCUGAAGAGUCCCACCCACACGGCCCAUCCAAAGGCUGACCCGGAGACUGGAGAGCUGAUUGCCUACGGUUACGAAGCCAAGGGUGAUGCGACUGAAGAUAUUUGCUACUUCAUUGUGGAUAAGCACGGAAAAGUGUCAGAGGAAUUUUGGUUUAAACAACCUUGGACGUGCAUGAUCCAUGACUUCUGGGUGACCAAGAACUACGUGAUCUUUCCCAUCAACGGCAUUCGAGCCAGCCUCGACAACAUUAAAGCGGGGCUUGACCACUUCUACUACGAUGACGACCUGGACCACCAGCUAUUGGGUGUCAUCCCACGUUAUGGCGCCACACCCGAGGAUGUCAAGUGGUUCCGCGCGCCCGAGGGCUGCUUCUCACACACCAUCAACAGCUACGAAGAGGAUGGCAAGAUCAUCCUCGACGCGUCCGUGUGGUCGCACAACCUAUUCCCCUUCUUCCCCAACAAGGAAGGCGUGCGGUUCGCAAAGGAUCCCAGCACAUUGCGGGCGCCCGUGUACCGGUUCCGCUUUGAUCCUAAGGCCGACCCAGAAAAGACAGUCUACCCGGAAGCCAAGCUGAUCGAGGGUGUCAACGAAUUCGGUAGGAUCGAUGACCGCCUGUUCGGCAAGCCGUACACCCGCUUCUGGAUCCUCAGCGCUGACACCAGCCGGCAGCAGUACCAAAACAACGCUGCGACCCAGACCGGGCUGAACACGCUGGUCAUGCACAACUUCGAGACCGGCGAGACGCAGCGCUACUACCAUGGCGACGACACCACGUUCCAGGAGCCGGUCUUUGUGCCUCGCAACCCCGACUCCGAACCAGAUGACGGCUACAUCGUCAUCCUGGUGGAUUUGUACAAGACAAACCGAUGCGAUCUCUUGCUGUUCGAGGCCCGAAACAUCCAGGCCGGGCCCAUUGCGACGAUGAAGUUGCCGCUCAAGCUGCUGGAUGGGCUGCACGGCAGCUGGGUCGGUGGUGAGGAGUAUGAGUUCGCGUCCGGAAAGCGCCCAGCGGAGACGAACGCUUCCAAUGACGUAAAUGGUGCUGCACAUUGA